UUUAUGACAUCACUGCAUGCAAAAUAUGGCACCAGCAGGGAGAAUGAGAGAGGGAUGUAGCUCACUGACAGGCACAGACCUUUCUAACAACAGGUGGAGGACACAGCUAAGGUAAGCUCAUGUGUUGAGCUCAUGGACUAGAUUCACUACCUACGCUCACACACUGGACUCGAAGAUGGACAUGACUGAUGAUAGCCACAUCGAGGGGAUGGAGAUGGAGACAGAGAACAGGCAAACUAUGGAUAAUGACUUCACUGUCAGACUAUCAGAUGAGACACACCAACAUCUGACAUUCAGUGAAGUCCGUUCCAGCAGCUGUAAGGCGGUCAAAGUGAGAUCCAGACCCAGACUCGAGUCCACAAAAAGUUUCCCCCCUUACAGUCAGUGUAUAGGUGGACUCGGUGAGGACAAUGAGCUCAAUUCAGAAUCAAGGGAAAUGAGGGAAGACAAGAAUGAUGUCGUUCAAGGCACGGAAAGAAAAGAGAACUUUGAAUUGAACGCAAGAUGUGCAAGGGAUAAGGUGAAGGCAAAAUGGAGGAUGAGGAGGAAGGAGAGGCUAGGUGGGAGCUAUGAAGUUGAUGAAGACGGAUGGGAGAGGGCAAGGUGGAGCGGGAAAAGAAGGGUAGAAGAGACUGGAAGAGAGAGGGAGCCUGAGGAUGAGGAAAGGGAAGGGGCCUUAAACAGUGAGUGGAAACACUGGAGAGGUAAAAACUCCAGUUUUGAGAUAGAAAGAAAAGAAGAAGAGGAUGAAGAGAUGACGAGAUCCCCCGUUUCAGCAGCAGAAGGAGAGAGCGAGGGGAGCGGGAAGACCCCAGAGGGGAACGAUGAAGAGGCCGAGGGCUCCACAACACAUCAGUGGUCAUCCCCACAUCCAAUCCUCUCUAAGCUUUUGCACUCCUCCACCUCCUCCUGCUCCUCCAUCAGCCUCUCAUCAGCAGAGAGCGAUGAGGUUUUCAGCGAAGGAGAGGAUGUUGACUCAAAGAGGAGGUCGUUCAGGAAGAGCCGCUCCUGGAAAACCUACCUGACCAUGAUGCACUGGUCGCUGCGGCGACAGAGCUCCUGGGUCCAGCUCGCUGGACAUCAAGGUAACUUCCAGCUGAGUGAGGGAGGGGAGGUGUUGAAACUGUACAGUGAAGAGGAGGCAAAGUGCUUGGACAGCCUGAUGACAGACCUGCUGAGACCCUUUGUCCCGCAGUACCAUGGCUUAGUCACCAGGGGGGAGCACUGCUACAUCCGCCUGGAGGACCUACUGAGCGGCCUGAGGAGACCUGUCAUCAUGGACUGCAAGAUGGGAGUCAGGACAUACCAGGAGGAGGAACUGAUCACAGCUAAGUCCACUCUGCGGAGUGACAUGUACCAAAAGAUGAUGAAAAUAGACCCAACCGCUCUGUCGGCAGAGGAACACGCACAGAAAGGGGUGACCAAGUGUCGAUAUCUUCAGUGGAGGGAUACAACCAGUUCUACGUCCAUGCUGGGCUUCAGGAUAGAGGGCAUCAUGAUGGAGGACGGCAGUGUCCAACGGGACUUCAGGAAAAUUCUGACUUUAGCUCAGGUCACGGAGGCAUUGCUCUACUUCACCAGGAGUCAGCUGGACAUCCUGAAAGCGUACCACUCCAGACUCCUGGCCCUGAGUGAUGCACUGAAGAAUUCACUAUUUUUCAGAACCCAUGAGGUGAUUGGCAGCUCGCUUCUCUUUGUCCACGACCACAGCAACAAGGCCAGCGUGUGGAUGAUAGACUUUGGGAAGACGACCCCGGUGCCUGACACGAGCGAGCUCCGACAUAACAUCCCGUGGGCCGAAGGGAGCAGAGAGGACGGCUACCUCAUUGGUCUGACCUCGCUCAUCACUUCUCUGAGCCAGGCCAUUAGUGUGGCCUCCUGGCAGCAGGAGGACAGCUGUGGAGAAGAAAAUAGUGUUGCAUGAAGUACACUGAGGGUUGUGGUGGAGACACCCCUUAAACAACACUCAAAUUCAGGAUCAGGUGGACAAAACGACUGUUGUUACACUUGGACAGGCUGAGGAAGAGAAACGAGGGAAUACAAUUCAGCUAAAAUUCCUAGAAAUGUGAUGUGGUCGUCUUCUAAUUGUAAUCUGGUAUGUGCAUACUGUAACAGUGGAAACAGUGUGUUGUUACAUAUACUUUUUCUAUUACUUUUGUUUUUAAAUUAUUCAUAAAGGACCAAAAACUAA